AUGGAGGGCGCGGACAACCAGGAUGAUGUACUGGAGUGGGAGGCGCUAUACCUGCGCCUGCCUUUGCAGAACUCGUCAUGGAACGCCACAGAGUGGGACCCCGCUAUAUGGAACGUCACAGUGGUGCCAAAUGCCACUUGGUGGGAGUCUUCCGCGCCCUUCGAGUCACCUGCAGCUCUCGCCCGCGCUGCUGCCAAGGCUGUUAUACUUGGACUACUUAUUCUUGCCACGGUUGUAGGUAACGUUUUCGUGAUAGCAGCGAUUCUAUUAGAGAGGCACCUUCGGAGUGCAGCAAACCAGUUGAUCCUAUCGCUGGCGGUAGCUGAUUUACUGGUAGCGUGUCUAGUAAUGCCACUCGGAGCUGUGUACGAGGUAGCUCAGCGCUGGACGCUGGGCCCCGAACUCUGUGACAUGUGGACUUCUGGUGAUGUGCUGUGCUGCACUGCCUCCAUACUACAUCUUGUUGCUAUUGCACUUGAUAGGUACUGGGCUGUGACUAACAUCGAUUACAUCCAUGCAAGAACUGCACGCCGUGUAGGUCUUAUGAUCACCUGCGUGUGGAUCGUUAGCUUCCUUGUGUGCAUUGCACCUCUGCUGGGAUGGAAAGAUCCUGACUGGGAUCGUCGAGUCUCAGAAGACCUGCGCUGCGUCGUGAGUCAAGACGUAGGUUAUCAAAUUUUCGCCACUGCAUCUUCGUUUUAUGUGCCAGUUCUCGUAAUAUUAAUAUUAUACUGGCGAAUAUACCAAACUGCAAGGGUAAGAAUACGUCGGCGGAGAGGAGCAACGACUCGAGGAGGAGUUGGGCCCCCACCAGUGCCUGCAGGCGGAGCGCUGGUCGCGGCAGGAGGGAGCGGUGGCAUCGCCGCUGCUGUUGUCGCCGUCAUUGGGCGACCCUUACCUACUAUGUCCGAAACAACCACAACCGGCUUCACAAACGUGUCGUCUAACAAUACUAGCCCCGAAAAACAGUCGUGUGCGAACGGUCUCGAGGCAGAUCCCUCAACUACGGGGUAUGGCGCCGUAGCUGCAGCCUAUUACCCGACCCUUGUUCGACGAAAACCCAAAGAAGCUGCAGAUUCGAAGCGUGAGAGAAAAGCGGCAAAGACAUUGGCAAUAAUUACAGGCGCUUUCGUUGCGUGCUGGCUUCCCUUCUUCGUGUUGGCAAUUCUAGCGCCGACAUGCAAUUGCGAAGUAAGCCCCGUUCUGACGUCACUGUCUCUAUGGCUCGGCUACUUCAACUCGACUUUGAACCCUAUUAUCUAUACGGUGUUUAGUCCAGAGUUCAGACACGCGUUCCAGCGACUGUUGUGCGGCCGGCGAACACGCCGCCGCCGCGCCCCGCCGUAG